AUGCCAACAUUUUCUCAGUCGCACCCGAUGAGCGGCGGUGAUGAUCAACAUAGUUACAUCCAUAAUUCUUCAUACCAAAAAGCUGCCAUAGAUGUGGUUGAAGAAAAGACAAAACAAUACAUUUUAGAAAAGCUCGAUCUCCUGAAUCUGAAUCCCGAUCUAAGUACUUUUACGAUUGCUGAUUAUGGCUGUUCUAUUGGCCCUAACACGUUUCAUGCUGUUCAAAAUAUUAUUGAGGCUGUGAAACUCAAACACCUUAAAGAAAGUCAAGAAAAUAGUCUUGUGCCUCUCGAGUUCCAAGUUUGCUUUAGUGAUCAGCCCAGCAAUGACUUCAACACACUCUUUAGAACUCUACCUCCUUCCUUUAGACAAGAAUACUUCUCGGUGGGAGUGCCAGGCUCUUUCUAUGGCCGAGUGUUACCAAGAAAUAGCAUCCACAUCGGUAACACUUCCUUCACGACUCACUGGCUUUCCAAAGUUCCGGAACAAGUUCUUGACAAGAAAUCUCCAGCUUGGAAAAAACAUUAUAUUCAUUGUAAUGAUUCGAUAGAAGCAGUUACCAAUGCUUUUAUGGUCCAGUACACAAAAGACAUGAGCCUCUUUCUUAAAGCUCGAGCCGAAGAACUUGUUUCCGGAGGAUUGAUGAUUGUGUUAGGAUUUUGUUUGCCUGAUGGUGUGGCCAUGUAUGAGACAUGGCCAGGUAUUGUGAAGGAUGCCAUAAGUGAUUGUCUUCAAGAUAUGGCCACAUUGGGAAUAACAACUCAUGAAAAGAUCGACAUGUUCAGCUUGCCUUUGUAUUUUCCUCAGUUUAGUGAAAUGAAAAGAGUGAUUGAGCAAAACGAAAGUUUUACAAUUGAGCUGAUGGAGACAGUAAGCCAUCCAUUGGAAGCUGUGAAGCUAAGCGACAACUUCAUCACUUCCAUGUAUCGAGCCCUUCUCUCUAUAUUUAUAGAAAAACAUUUUGGAAUCGGUGAGGUCGAUGAGCUAUUCAAUCGACUUGCUAAGAAACUCUCCGACCACCCGAUCGACUUCGAAAAGUGUAAGAAACAAAUGGUAUAUUAUGUCGUUCUUAAGAAAAAGUGACUAUUGAAAUUAUCCAUAUCGUUAUGUAUUGUUCAAAUCCUCAUUGUUAUACCUUUCCUUUGUAACUAUUCCUUUGUGUUAUCAUUUAUCAUGGUAGCAAUAUAAGGAAUACAAUAUGUAAACUAUAUAAUAAA